AUGCUGCGAGGCGGACGGCGCGGGCAGCUCCGCGGGCACUGCCCAGCCAUGGGCCCGGGCCGCCUGCUGGUCUGGCUGCUGCUGGCAUCCGCGGGCGCUGCCCCCUGCCCCGAAGUCUGCUGCCGCCUCAGCCCUUCGGUGCUGCGCUGCAGCGGGGCGGGGGCCCUGGACAGCCUCCGCCGCCUGCGGGACCCCGAGAGGCUGGCCGAGCUCUACAUUGAGGAUGAGCCGCAUCUGCAGCGCCUGGAGCUCAACCACCUGCGGGGCCUGGGGGAGCUGAGGAACCUCACCAUCGUGAACAGCGGUCUCCGCCACGUGGAGCCAGACGCCUUCCACUGCACCCCCCGGCUCCGACGCCUGAAUCUCUCCUUCAAUGCUCUGGACUCUCUCUCCUGGAAAACCGUCCAGGGCCUCUCCUUACAGGAACUAGCCCUGUCUGGGAACCCUCUGCGCUGCUCCUGUGCCCUGCGCUGGCUGCAGCGCUGGGAGGAGGAGGGGCUGGGCGGCGUCCAGGAGCUGCAGUGUCUCGGGCCGGAGCCCUCUGCCCUCAUGUCCAACACCAGCUGCGGCGUGCCCACGCUGAAGGUCCAGGCGCCCAAUGCCUCGGUGGACGUGGGGGAUGACGUGGUGCUGCAGUGCCAGGUGGAGGGACAGGACGUGACGGAGACCGGCUGGAUCGUCACGGAGCUGGAGGAGGUGGCCACGGUGGUGCAAUCUGGGAAUGGGACAUCGCUGGGGCUGACCCUGGCCGGCGUCACCAGUGACCUCAAUCGGAAGAACGUGACGUGCUGGGCGGAGAACGAGGUGGGCCGGGCCGAAGUCUCCGUCCAGGUCAACGUCUCCUUCCCGGCCAGCGUGCAGCUGCAAAAGGCGGUGGAGCUGCAUCACUGGUGCAUCCCCUUCUCGGUGGACGGGCAGCCGGCCCCCUCUCUCCGCUGGCUCUUCAACGGCUCCGUGCUCAACGAGACCAGCUUCAUCUUCACCGAGUUCCUGGAGCCGGCCGUCAACGAGACCGUGAGACAUGGGUGCCUGCGCCUCAACCAGCCCACCCACGUCAACAACGGCAAAUACACGCUGCUGGCCACCAACCCACUGGGCCAGGCCUCGGACUCCGUCUUGGUCACGUUCAUGGACAACCCUUUCGAGUUCAACCCCGAGGACCCCAUCCCUGACACGAACAGCACGGUGGGAGACCCGGUGGAGAAGAAGGACGAGGUGCCGUUCGGGGUCUCCGUGGCCGUGGGCCUGGCGGUCUUCGCCUGCCUCUUCGUCUCUGCGCUGUUCCUCGUGCUCAACAAAUGCGGACGGAGGAACAAGUUUGGGAUCAACCGCCCCGCGGUGCUGGCUCCCGAAGACGGACUGGCCAUGUCCCUGCACUUCAUGACGUUGGGGGGCAGCUCCUUGUCCCCCACUGAGGGCAAAGGCUCCGGGCUGCAAGGCCACAUCAUCGAGAACCCGCAGUACUUCAGUGACGCCUGUGUCUGUCACAUCAAGCGCCGGGACAUCGUCCUCAAGUGGGAGCUGGGCGAGGGCGCCUUCGGGAAGGUCUUCCUGGCGGAUUGCCACAACCUGCUGCCGGAGCAGGACAAGACGCCCGUGGCCGUGAAGGUGCUGAAGGAGGUGUCCGAGAGCGCGCGCCAGGACUUCCAGCGCGAGGCCGAGCUGCUCACCGUGCUGCAGCACCAGCACAUCGUGCGCUUCUUCGGCGUCUGCACCGAGGGCCGCCCGCUGCUCAUGGUCUUCGAGUACAUGCGGCACGGCGACCUCAACCGCUUCCUCCGGUCCCACGGGCCCGACGCCAAGCUGCUGGCGGGCGGGGAGGACGUGGCCCCGGGCCGCCUGGGCCUGGGGCAGCUGCUGGCCGUGGCCAGCCAGGUGGCCGCGGGGAUGGUGUACCUGGCCGGCCUGCACUUCGUGCACCGGGACCUGGCCACGCGCAACUGCCUGGUGGGGCAGGGCCUGGUGGUGAAGAUCGGCGAUUUCGGCAUGAGCAGGGACAUCUACAGCACCGACUACUACCGCGUGGGGGGCCGCACCAUGCUGCCCAUCCGCUGGAUGCCGCCCGAGAGCAUCCUCUACCGCAAGUUCACCACCGAGAGCGACGUGUGGAGCUUCGGCGUGCUGCUCUGGGAGAUCUUCACCUUCGGCAAGCAGCCCUGGUACCAGCUCUCCAACAGCGAGGCGAUUGAGUGCAUCACUCAGGGACGGGAGCUGGAGCGGCCGCGGGCCUGCCCGCCCGAGGUCUACGCCAUCAUGCAGGGCUGCUGGCAGCGGGAGCCCCAGCAGCGCCACGGCAUCAAGGACGUGCACGCCCGGCUGCAAGCCCUGGCCCGGGCGCCGCCCGUCUACCUGGACGUGCUGGGCUAG